AUGCACUGGCUUCCCCUGGUUGCCAUGGUGAUUGCCUCGGCCCUGCCCUUCCCUCACAAGCCCGUGUCCAGGAUGGCCUUCGCCGCCAACCCCGCGGCAGACUUCCGCUCCCGAGGAAAUGUUGAGCGCGCCCCGACGGAUGGCGCGUUCCCGGACCCGACCGACGGACCCACGCCCGUCUCCGAGGUGGAAACUCAGAUCGUCCAAAGUCCCGCGUCCGCUGGCCCAAGGACUUCGAGGGGAUCCGUGACGACUGUUCCCACGGAACGGCAUGGGAAUGUGUCCGGGAGGGGGCCCACGCCCACAUCCAGGGGGGCCGCAAGCGCCGCGGUCAACUUGACCAGAGAGCUAGACUUCCCGGACGGGGACGAGAUGUUUCUAGACGCCCACCCACGCGUCCUCUUCUCAUCGUCGGGGUCGCCCCCCGAGCACCCGCCGCUCCUGCUUAUGUUGGAGGAUGACGUCGAAGAAGCAGAGGGUCACGGGGACCGCAGCCUCGCUUGGGUCAAUGCAUCGGACGAGGGCCGCCCCCUCCGCAGGGACAAACGCUCGCAUCUGAUGGACCGACGUCGGGGCGAGAAGUCAGUGUGUGAGGCCGAAAGCGUGUGGGUGACGGACAAAACCACAGCUGUUGACUCGCGCGGCCAGACGGUCACAGUCUUGCAAAACAUCCAGACACAGACGGGGCCGCUCAAGCAGUACUUUUUUGAGACCCGCUGCCGCCAGGCUGAACAACAGACUGGUCGCGGGGCGGUGGCAGGGUCGCAACCCGCAGGGGUGGCGGGGGCAGGCUGCCUGGGCGUGGACAAGAAGCAGUGGGUGAGCGAGUGCAAAGCCAAGAAGUCGUACGUGCGCGCCCUCACCAAGGACGCCAACAACCUGAUGGGCUGGAGGUGGAUCCGCAUUGACUCGUCCUGCGUGUGUGUGCUCAUAUCCAGGGCCAAUCAGAUCCUAGCGCGAGAGGCGCUGGCCAGGAGGGGGCGGGGCUAA